GUAAUUUGAGUCUAAAAUGGUUACUUGUGCCCACCACAGAAACUAUCGUCUUACUUUCAGUACUCCUCGUCGCCCCUUCGAGCGCGAGCGUCUGGACCAGGAGCUCCGUAUUUGCGGAGAGUUCGGUCUGCGCUGCAAGCGUGAGAUCUGGCGUGUGCAGCUGGUGCUUGCCAAGAUCCGCAAGGCUGCUCGUGAAUUGCUGACUCUUCCUGAGGAUGAUCCUCGCAGAAUCUUCCAGGGAGCUGCCAUCAUCCGCCGCAUGGCCCGUCUGGGACUCGUCUCUGAGGAGGAGAUGAAGCUCGAUAUGAUUCUGGAGCUGUCGACUUCCAAGCUGAUGGACCGCAGACUGCAGACCCGUGUGUUCAAGCUGGGCCUUGCCAAGUCGAUCCACCACGCUCGUGUGCUGAUCAAGCAGCGCCACAUCCGUGUUGGCCAGCAGGUGGUGAACGCUCCUUCGUUCAUGGUUCAUGUGGAUUCGGAGAAGCACAUCCAGUUCGCUGAGAACUCUCCUUAUGGAGGCGGUCGUCCUGGACGUGUGGCCAGAAAGCACCACAAGAACGAUAAGGCGGAGGCUGAGGAAUAAAUGAACCUCCUGAUCGGCACUCUAUUCAUAAAGACUCGUUU